AAACACAUAUGAGAAAGAAGUCAAAGCUAAGAAGGGCGUGUCAAAGACUGGCAAACAUUCUGGGUCUAAGCACAAGAAACCUGAGGCCCAUGUGUACAUUCCUCCUAUGAGACAGCAGAAAGAUGAAAAUUUGAAAGAAGAAAUGUUUUGUUUGGAGUUUGAAGACAAAAAUGGAGAAGUUUACAACUUCACGGUCUACCAGUGUGACAGAGCUGGGGCGGUUGCUAGAAGAAUUGGUCAAGAGGCACAGUUACCUCCCUUGUUUGUGGGUGCACUGGAGGAGAGACUACAGCAAGAGUUUGAAAACCAUGCCAGUCAGAACAAUCCUAUUUCCUGAACACUUACCAGACUAAGGGUCACUCACCAAGCCUGUCUCCACAGGUUUCUGAUCAAAGGUUCUAGCAUGCUAAAUUGGAUGAUUCUGCUGUGGCCAGGGACUGGCUACACAAGUAGCCUGACCAUGAGUAUCAGAGCUGUCUCAGUUCAGGAACAAAGCUUGUCGGACACCAAACAGCAUUGCAGUGUCGACAGAUGGUCAAAGUUUGCAAUUUCUUCACCUUUGUACGUUUGUCAUGGACUAGUACACUUUUUUGAACUGGACUGAUUCUGUUUUAGAUAGACUAUUAAAUACACUUGACUCUAUCCCUUAGCAGUGCUGUAUCAUGCUUCCGCUCGCUGUGCUCUUGUUUACCUUCAGAUGCAGAAAUAUAGAGCAUAUCUUGGCCACUGUUAUAUAUACGGACAUUAAACUUGGUAUCUAGGAACAUCAUGAGAAGGCACUGAACAGGACACUAUAAUCCCCACUUAACCUUGAUGUUGAGGACCCCAAAUACAGAUUUCUGUGCCAUAUCUUAUGCAAAGAUUCAUGUAGGGAGAUCAUGCUUCGUAUGCUUAUACCUACCAUGGUCAGAUGAUGUGUAGCAUACCAAAAAAGGAUCAGUUAAACCUCUCUUCUGUAUCGUUUUAUAUAAAAAUCUUAAGGUGUGUGAACAAAGUCCCCACUUCAAAUUAAAUCUAGUUUCCUAAUAUUCCUUUAUGUAUUUCCAUUAUAAUAUGGCCAAACCCCUUUAUAUAAAGCUAACACUUUAAUGGGCAAAAAGUUAGCAUGAUAAAAUUGUUUUAGUAUAUCAUUUUGAAGCAUUCCAGAAAGUUUCCUUACUAUUGUAGCCCCUGUAGGUAUACUGGAUAAUACGAAUGUUUUGUGUUGCGCAUGAGCAUUUUUUCAGACAUCAUCUACUGGGUGUAUUGAAUGUACAGUAUCAGCACAGAGGUAAACAAGAGUAAACACCUCACCAGGUGCUGAGUAGCUGAUAGAUAGCUAUGUUGCAGGCAUAAAGGCUUUUUUGUAGAGUUUCCAUACGCUAGACAUGAUACAGUAAUAGCAGUAUUUUCUUAAGGGAUCAUUGUGUUUACUUUUCAAGUCAAACAAAAGGAACACAGGGCCUUACCACUCACAUGAGAUUUAUGACCUAAUUAAAAUGAAAAAAGAUGAACAGACACUGUAAGAGGCAUACUACUUUAUGGCACAAUAAUGUUUACAUCAUUAUGAUCAUACUGAAAGUUCAAAACAGACUUUCAAGACAAUUGAAUGGCGGCCAUAUUUUAUUUCAAGUCUGACUCAGGACCAUGCCCUAAUCAUUUACAUGAAGUUUCAGCAGUAGAAUUUGAGUUUAAUUAUCAAAUAGGUUUUCAAAAUGGCUGCAAUGGUGGCCUUAUUGGAUUUCAAAUCGACUUGACAAUAAGAAGAAUUUGUCAAGACCAUGUUUUGUCAAAAUUGCUUUCGUAGAGUUUGAGUUUAAAUUCCAUUUUUUUUUUUUUAAUUGCUGCCAUGUUGGUAUUCAAAUCAGGUUUAAAAAAACAUUAAUUGGUCAGGACCAUGUGUUUAUCAUUUCCAAUAAGUUUCAGCAAAAUUGUUAUACUGGUAAUUUGAGCUUAAAAGAGCAGCUGAUUUAGCUACUUUGUGUCUAGAAUUUAUGUCUGUUUUACAUGCCUCACAUUGAAAUCGGAAAUAUAAAUAAGUUUGUGUUCAAGGGGUUCGGAUCCAAGGUCUAGUUCAUUGUUUGUAAAUAAAAAAUCUUAAU